AUGACUAACUAUCUAACGCGAUUGCUGAAGAAAAUGCAGCCUGUCAGAUCCAUUUGCAGUCAUAGCGCCAAUAUUACGCAAUUAACUCAUACUCACACUAAUACCGCAAAAAUUAUUAGUGUAGAAGGUAACAUUGGAGCUGGAAAGACUACGUUAGCGAAUAAUAUUGGUGAAAUUCUUGGAUACAAAGUAUUCUACGAACCAGUUAACCAAAAUCCUUACCUUGCAAAAUUUUACGAAAGUCCAAAGGAUUAUGCAUUCAAGCUGCAAUUGUGGAUCUAUCGACAACGCUUCUUGAUUUAUUGCAAUGCACUACAACAUUAUUUAUCCACAGGACAAGGGGUUAUCUUAGAUCGAUCUGUUUACAGCGAUAGAGUCUUUGCCAAAACUGGAAAUAACGAUGGAUUUAUAUCAUCAACCGAGUAUGAUCAAUAUGAAUUGUUACGCCAACAGUUAUUAAAUAGAGUUAUUCCUCCCCAUUUAUUGGUCUAUCUUCAUGUUUCACCGACUGAUUGUCUUGAAAGAGUGCGAAAGCGUGGUCGAAUAUACGAGAAAAGUAUAUCCACCUCUUACCUGCAGAAAUUGGAAGAUGAAUUCGAUAAUUUUGUAGAAGAAAUGAGGUUUUUCGCUCAUAUUUUCUUUUAUUAUUGCAAUAAUUUAGUGUUCAAAUUUAAACAAUGUUCUUGUAGACGCAGUGGCGUUAGCGUUUACUGGUACGAUUGGUCAAAAUAUGGAAAUAUCGAAAAGAUUAUUGCCGACAUAAAUCGGCAAGAUUCGACCGUUGAAAAUUCUAAAAAUAUAAAUGAAGUCAAGAAGUUUAUCUGUAAUCGGGAAGAAAUAUUAUCAAUACUACAUCCAUAUGAAAUUGCUAAUCUAAAUGAUGAAAUUGAUCAAAAAGCUGAAUUAGAUUAUUGGUUACGGGAGCAGAUACAAUAA